AUAACAGACUCUGUUAUAAAUAUCUUCUUUUUAUUAUUUUAAUCAUAAUGACAGGGGAGGCACUGCCUCCUACCUCCUCUGCCUCCCCUGACUGCACGUCCCUGACUCAACCUGUACUAGCUUAGUAUACAUCCCUGAAACUUUAAUAUAAUAUUACCCGAAGACCCGGUAUCCAUAGGCUACUCCAUUGCAAUGAUUAUUGUGGGGAGUGUUUGUGUGCCCACAGGAGGUGAUUUGGCUCAUCCCAUCUAGGGAAUGGAAUAGGGAGGAGGGCCCAAGAGGACUACUUGUCCCUCAUCCUGUAUAUCACUGUGGCGCAGGAUUGAGGGCCUGAGGUGGGGACUUGACCCACCCCAUCAAGACAGUCACUAUGUGGGGAAGAGGAGGUUUGCAGUUGAGGGCCUGAGGUGGUGACUUGACCCACCCCAUCCAGAGAAUCACUAUGUGGGAAAGAGGCGGUGUGCAGAUGAGAGGAUGACAUGGCCCACCCCAUCCAGCUGUGGAACACGUUCCAUACCCCAGAUAAUGUCCGGGUGGGUCUUGAGAAGUCUUUGAAAAUGGUGGAACUGGAUUAUGUGGAUCUUUUCCUUAUUCACACCCCCUUUGAGUUUAAGCCAGGAGAUGAUCUGUACCCAAUGGAUGAGAACGGAAAAUGGAUUUAUCACAAUACAGACAUAAGAGACACGUGGAAGGCCAUGGAGGACUGUAAAGAUGCCGGACUGACGAAAUCCAUUGGUGUCUCCAACUUUAACCACAAACAGCUGGAACUGAUUCUCACCAUGCCGGGACUGAAAUACAAACCAGUCUGCAACCAGGUGGAAUGCCACAUCUACUUGAAUCAGAACAAGCUGCUGGCGUUCUGCAAGUCACAUGACAUUGUGCUGGUGGCGUACGGCGUGCUGGGUUCCAGCCGAUUUGAGAGAUGGUAUGACCAAAAUGCCCCAGUCCUGCUGGAAGAUCCCGUGCUCAAUACCAUUGCUAGAAAACAUGGCCGCCCUCCAGCGCAAGUGGCGAUGAGGCAUCUGCUUCAGAAAGGGAUUGUUGUCCUGGCCAAGAGCUUUUCACCAGAGAGGAUCAAACAGAACUUUCAGGUCUUUGAAUUUGAGCUAAGCAAGGAUGAAAUAAAAGCUCUCGAUGGACUUAACCGAAACUUGCGCUACCUGACUAUGAAUACGUGGAAGGAUCACCCCAAAUUCCCGUUCAAUGAAGAAUAUUAAAUUGCUGUAAUCUCUUGUGUCAUAAUAACGGUCUGAAAUUCAGUAUCCGGAUGAUAAGUUGACAUCAAAAGGUCGACAUGUUCUAAAGGUCAACAUGACAAUAGUUGACAUAUCAUAUGGUCGACAUGAGUUUUUUUUAUUUGUCAUUUUUUUCAUACUCUACCAUCCAAUUUCUGUCACUAUUUCCCUCACAUAUACGCAAUGUGAACGCUAUGUAUACAGUCAUUUGAUAAUCUCUCAAUUUGCUUUUUCUCUAAAUAGCGAUCCAUGAUUAAUUAGGCCCAUAAUGAAGAAUAUAACUUUGUUGUAAGCAAUAAAUGAGAACAAUGAAUAAUAUCAAAGUAAUUAUUACAUAAAUUACAAAUAAGAAAUCAUUAGUGCAAUAAAAUACUUUUAAUAAUUUUAAGUCAAAUCAUCAUGCACAGGAGACCACAAAUAGGUUGAACUCGAUGGACAAUUGUCUUUUUUCAACCUCAGAUACUAUGUUACUAUGUUACUCUCCCAGAGAUCCACUGUCACUGUUACGUUGGAUACAAAGUACGUUGUAAGAAAGUGAUCAGACGUGCAAAGGCAGAAGCUCAGGAGAAAAUGGCCCAGUCAGUAGAUAAAGGGGGCAAAACUUUUUUUUAAGUAUAUAAAUGAAAGGAGAAAAUCAAAUGGAGGAAUAAUACGACUUAAGACAGAGAGUGUGAAUUUGAUGGAGGGAGACAAGGCAAUAGCAGAUCACCUAAAUAAUUAUUUUUGCUCAGUAUUUACUACAGAAGAAGGGAUGGGGCCACAGUUAAGUUACAAUGAUAUUCAUAAAAAUAAGGUAGAUGAAAGUACAUUUACAGAGGAGAAGGUCCUAACAGAACUUUCAAAUGUAAAAGUGGAUAAAUCAAUGGGGCCAGAUGGGAUACACCCAAGGAUACUAAAAGAGCUAAAAGAUGUGCUGGUGGCACCAUUAACAGAAUUAUUUAACCAGGCACUAAAUACAGGUGCCAUUCUGGAGGACUGGAAAAGAGCAAAUGUAGUUCCACUGUACAAAAGUGGAAGCAAGGAAGAAGCAAGUAACUACAGACCAGUAAGCCUUACAUCAGUAGUAGGGAAAGUAAUGGAAAAACUAUUAAAAGAAAGAGUUGUGGAAUAUCUUAAAUCAAACAACUUACAGGAUCCAAAACAGCAUGGAUUUACUGGUGGGAGAUCAUGCCAAACAAAUCUUAUUUACUUUUUUGACUCUGUGAUGAAAAUAAUAGAUCAAGGGAGAGCUGUAGAUGUAGCAUAUCUAGACUUUAGUAAGGCAUUUGACACUGUCCCACAUCACAGACUGCUAAAUAAACUUGAAAGUGUGGGGGUGGAUUAUAAAACAGUUAAAUGGAUAAGAACCUAGUUGCAGGAUAGGAAACAGACAGUUGUAGUCAAUGGAGUGCAAUCUAUGGAGGGAAAUGUUACCAGUGGAGUACCCCAGGGAUCUGUACUCGGACCAGUUCUCUUUAAUAUCUUUCUUAUCAGAGGUGGUAGAGGCUAAGACUGUAGAGCAAUUUAAACAUGCUUGGGAUAGGCAUAUGAAUAUCCUUAAAAAGAAUUAAGGUCUAAAAAGGGGGUGUAGUACUGCUGACCGGCAGCAUACCGACGCCGGGAUCCCGGCGGGGAGGAGCGAGUGCAGCAAGGGGCUGCGCUCGCCACGCUGCGGGCUCGGUGGCGACCUGCGGUCGCCACGGGUUCUAUUCCCACUCUAUGGGUGUCGUGGACAUCCACGAGUGGAAAUAGUCCCUGUUGGUCGGCAUGCCGACCAUCGGGAUAGUGAGCAGUCAGGAUGGUGGAGGAGGUCAUGUGACUGUCGGUCAGCAGACCGAGGGUCACAUGAAUACCACCCCUAAAAAGGGUUGAGAUUGCCUAAAGGAUAAAAAAACGGGCAGACUAGAUGGGCCAAGUGGUUCUUAUCUGCCGUCAAAUUCUAUGUUUCUAUGUAAUAACGGCUGUAACAAAUCUGUAGCAAUCAGCAAUUACAAUGUGUACAGGCGAGCGUGCGGCCAGAAUCCACACAGAGAUUAGGAGAGAAGUAAUGUAACAGCCUUUAGCACAGCGGGAGAUGGGGAAUGCUGUGUUUAAACUCCUGUAAAUUGGAAUAUUUCCAGACUGAAAAGACCAGAACACUGGGGGACUUAAUUGCGGGCGAGAGUCUGUCUGCGCUUGCAUCCAGUGACGCACAUGCCUCAGGGGGUAAUAGGAGGAAUCCAAUUGCAUCCCUCUCAGGGGGAAACACGGAAAGAAGCCGAUAGGCUUCUAUAGGGUAAUACCACGUAAAGAUGGCAUUGCCCACCACUUCCAAGCUCAGGAAUGUAUUGCAGUGUGUGAGCAAAGCCACAAACACCCGUGACGUCAACGCGUUUCUCUCACCCGGGCGGAUUUUUCAGGAAGCCGGAAUAUGUUGCAUGUUCAGAAAUAAUUGUAAAUCUGUAUAAUAAUGCAUCGUUAGAUCAGUUAUCACCUGUAACAAUGUUAGUAAAAACUACAGCACGCUGGGUCUUCAAAUGCGGACAGUAAUAAUAAAAUGCACCUUUGGAAAUAAA